CGCCUUUCCUCGUGAAGUACUAGUCUUUGCUUUGUCGGUCGAUAAUAAAACCUUAAAAGUUUCGACCUUUUCUUACAAUAUACAAAACCCACGUCGUGUAAAGCAAUACCCACAUGACAGAUUGACAAAAACCCUUAACUAAAGAUCAGACCUUUUUUCCGCUUGUUCUCUUAUUCUCCUUUUGACUCGCUUUGAAGUGUGUUGAUCAUCAUGAGAGCGAGAUUGGUUGUUUUCCCGAUUAAAGGGAGGAAGUGGUGUUUCAGCAGAUCCGUUGACCCUUUCGCUGCUCAAUCGCCCUCCGGUGUUACUCCGACCACUCUACGAGGUUUAUGGAAGAAGAUUUCAUCUGAAUCUAAACCCUUAAAUGCCAACGCUGAGCUUCUUGUCGAUUUCAUCUCUGACAAGAUGAAUAAAGCUUGGAUGGGUCUUGAGAUAGCACCUGAAGGUUCAAUGAAGAACAAGAUUCAUGGGUUAGGGUUGAAGCUUCUGGCUCGUGUUAAGCCGUCUGAGAUUUUCUUGAAGUCUAUAUCUAAGGAGGUCACUUCCGUACAAGUCUCUUGUCCUCCAAGUUUAGAUCCUAGACUUGUACGCAGAAGACUACGCCACAUUGCUAUGAGUGGAACAAUCCUGCACAAGAAGUACCUAAUUGGUUCAGUAACUUUGCUUCCAUUGACCACUGCAUUUACGGUAUUGCCAUUACCAAACAUACCAUUCUUCUGGGUCUUAUUCCGCACAUAUUCCCACUGGCGAGCUCUUCAGGGAAGUGAGAAGCUGCUUAAGCUCCUCUCAGAUCAUUCAAAUCCCCAAACUCCAAUGCCAAACCAAACUGAUGAUGCAGAUGAAAGCGCUAACAAGAACAACAAAUCGGAACAAGAGGCUCAAUCUCCCACAUGUGUUUUGUUGCCGUCAGAAGAGUUAUACAAGCUACUUCGUGAAGCUAGCGAGGAAGGGCUUGAUGAGGAGACCAUAGUAGAGAUUUGCAAACUGUUCCAUCUCAAUAAGAUCGAUGUUCUUAAAUAUCGCAAUCUAGUCUAACACUCGUUUUGUCACAUUUUCUUGGAACAAUUGUUUUAGAUGUUUGGGAACUAACUUUACCCUCCAAUUAUUUCUCCGUGUUUUGAUUCGUUUUAACUUUUGAAAAGAUCUUUGGUUACCCGGAAGCAGCUGAAUUUUCAUUUUUGUACACUACAAAAAAGGAACAAAUAAACAUAACAA